AUGGCUCGUACCAAGCAGACCGCCCGUAAGUCCACCGGAGGGAAAGCUCCCCGCAAGCAGCUGGCCACCAAAGCCGCCCGCAAAGCCCCACCUCCCCCACACAGAGCUCUGUACCGGGGACUUCUCCGCCUUUCCUCCUCAUGGCGCCUUUUACAUUUCAGCGCAAUCUGGAGGCGCCAUUACAACAUGUAA